GAUUGGCGCGUGCCGCCACCUUGAUAAGCGAGAGCUGUUUAUAACGCAGGGAAGAUUUUACGCAACCCUGUGCAGUUUUUUGCGCUGCCUUAGGUGUUUUAUUAAAUCAUUUGUGUUUUAUUAACACGGCGCUUCACCAUGUGGACCUUUCUAGCUGUCGCCUUGGUGGUAGCCUGUGCCUCAGCUUCACCUCUUGCAGGGAGGACGGUUCCUGAUUUUGGACAAAUGUACCAUAUAAAAGGUGUGAUCUCAUUACCCUAUGCUGAAAUCAAGGAACCAUUUGAAGGCUGGUAUGAUCUACAGGGGAAGAGAAGUAGAAUUGACUAUUACCAAGGACAAGUAUCCACUUUUCAGCUCGGAGCAGCAGGAGAUCAAGGUGUCAGCUACAAAGUUACACCGGUGACAACUGAGACUGAAUUUAAUGUCAUGAAAUGCUUCCAAGUCAAUGGCACUAAGAAGGAUCCAGUUCUGCCUCAGGCUGCACUGCCUGACCUACAGGGCUUUCAGUUUGAACAAAUGGAAUACUUUGCGGGCCUGUGGUGUGAGGUGUGGAAGAAUGUCACUGUUGUUGGGCACAAAAAAAACACUUAUCGUCUGUGGGUAGCCCGACCAGAGGGUGAGGCAUCACUGGCCAAACCUUACCAUUAUGAAAUGAUGGGCUACAACACGCUUCUGGGUUCCCACUAUGACAAAUACCUCAUAGACUACACUGACUUCAGCCGUGAAACUGAUCCUAAAGACUUCAAUCUGCCAGACGGUAUGAGCUGUGGACCUUUUCCUGGUCCAGGAGUGGAGCACAGAAUACUAGCCAAUCCAAUUCAAGACCUGAUUCAUACUUCUCCUGUGGGCCAUGUCCAUCGCUUAUUUGGGCACUUUAAGGAAAAAUAUGAGCGUGAAUAUGAAGAUGAGGUGGAACAUGAAAAGCGAGAACACAACUUUGUACAUAAUGUUCGGUAUAUUCACUCCAUGAACAGAGCCGGACUGUCCUAUUCCCUCUCAGUGAAUCACCUGGCUGAUCGCACAGAGCAAGAACUAGUAAUGAUGAGAGGUGGGAAACAAAGGAAGACCCCUAACAAAGCUCAACCCUUCCCCACUGAACUUCGCUCUCUUAAUCUGCCUGAUUCCUUGGACUGGAGGCUAUAUGGUGCUGUGACCCCUGUAAAGGAUCAAGCUGUGUGUGGGUCCUGCUGGAGUUUUGCAGCAACAGGGGCACUAGAAGGCGCACUGUUUCUGAAGACAGGGGAGCGUGUGGUGUUGUCUCAGCAGAUGCUAGUGGACUGUACAUGGGGCUUUGGGAACAAUGGCUGUGAUGGAGGAGAGGAGUGGAGAGCAUUUGAAUGGAUCAUGAAACAUGGUGGCAUCUCAACUGCAGAGAGUUAUGGUGGAUACACUGGAAUGAAUGGCCUGUGUCACUAUAAUACAUCCUCUCUAACUGCCCAUGUGAAAAGCUACACUAAUGUCACCAGUGGAGAUUUGGAGGCUCUGAAGGCCGCGCUGUAUAAAUAUGGUCCUACUGCAGUCAGCAUCGAUGCUUCUCACCGCUCUUUUAGCUUCUACAGUAAUGGCGUGUAUUAUGAACCAGAAUGCAAGAAUGGGCCAGAUGACUUGGACCAUGCUGUUCUGGCUGUAGGUUAUGGGGUACUGGAUGGACAGCCUUACUGGUUGGUGAAGAACUCCUGGUCCACUUACUGGGGAAACGAUGGUUAUGUGCUUAUGUCCAUGAAGGAUAACAACUGUGGCGUGGCAACAGGGGCCACAUACGUUACGCUGUCCUAAUGAACAUUAUUAAAGAAAAAUUCUCAGAUUGGUUAUACAAAUGUGUUUUCAUGUUGAGCUGAAACAUCUCUAUUUUUUUUAGCUUAAAAAAACUCCCUUUGCUCUUCUCAAAACUGCAGCCAAUAUUUCAUUGUGCAUUCUGACCACAUGGUGUCACUCAAGUUAAACAUGUUUUAUUAGAGUGCGCGCACACACAUCUGCCAGAUUUUUUUUUAACUGCUGUCUUUAAAUCAGUUGCACUGAAAUUACAAUUGCAUUUUCACAUGGAACAGUUAACAGGUGCACCACGGUGUCAUGUUUUGUCAUGCAGUGCUCAUGGCUUACUCUGGAAACGAUUCACUUUUAAUCCUUAAGCUGUACCAAUGUUCCCUGAUGGGUUUUUUUUUUUUUU